ACUUUCAUUCUUUUUUUUCUUUUUUUAGUAUACGAGUUGUGGUCGAGUUACUUUGUCAAUAUGACUACCGAAGGCUUGGAGCAGACCAUUCAUGCGAAUGGGCCGACGCUACCCUCAUCUGAAAAAGCUAGCUCAGAAAAGCCAACUAAUGGUGUGAAAGUAUCAAUUGCUGAGAACGUGGAAGAAAAGGUCGAACCGCUACUCAAGGAACCAAAGUUUGGCAGUUAUCCUACACCAACCCUCAAGUUAGAACAACGCUACAUCGACGAUCCAAGACAGUUGAGGGUUGCCGUCGUCGGCGCAGGACUUUCCGGUGUGCUCGCUGGCAUAAUUCUUCCCCCGAAAGUUCCAAAUUUGAAGUUGACUAUAUUCGAGAAAAAUGCCGACGUGGGUGGCACAUGGUUUGAGAACAUAUAUCCAGGAGUCAGGUGUGAUGUUCCAGCGCAUGUAUACCAGACCAGUUUCGCUCCAAACGUAAAUUGGUCGGAGCAGUUCGCGCAGGGCCGCGAGAUCAGGGACUACUGGCAGGGGCUUGCACGGAAGUACGACGUAUACCAGUACUUGAAACUCUCCCAAAAAGUCGAGGAGCUGAGCUGGGAUGAGAAAAAAUCCGUAUGGAACGUCAAAGUACACAAUCUCACCACCGGGGAGACGUCCAGCGAGGAGUUUGACUACGUGUUAACUGCCAUCGGUCGCUUCAACGCCUGGAAGCUACCCGACUAUCCCGGCAUAAACGAUUUCAAGGGUCUUCUUCGACAUGCCUCUAACUGGGAUCCCAAUUUCGAUCCUAAGGGGAAACGAGUUGCAAUCAUCGGCAACGGUGCAAGCGGCAUUCAGCUUACAGCCAAUAUUCAGAAGCAUGUUAAGCACCUAGAUCACUAUGCCCGAAAUAAGACAUGGGUCACGGCAUCAUUCGCCGGCGAUGAGACUUCCAUCGAGCCGAUCCCCAUAUCACCCGAACUUCGAGAGUCGUUCAAAGACCCCAACGAAUACGUCAAGUGGAGGAAGGAGCUGGAAUCCAAAUACUGGCGGGGAUUCUCAAGCUGGCUCAAGGGAUCCGAGCUCAACGAAAAGUCCCGCGAAGAAUUCGCGGAACUUAUGAAGAAGCGCGUAGCCAGGAAACCUGAGCUUGUAGACAAAAUCAUCCCCGACUUCUCUCCCCACUGCCGACGACUCACUCCGGGACCCAACUACUUCGAGGCCAUUACGGAAGACAACGUAGACUACAUCCAGACGCCGAUAAAGUGCUUCACGGAAACGGGCAUCGAGACCGUCGACGGCGUGCACCGGGAGGUGGACGCGAUAUUCUGCGCGACCGGCGCGAACCGGGACAUGGUGCCGCCGUUCAGCAUCUGGGCGUACGGGAAGGACCUGUCGAAGCUGUGGGAGCAGGACGGAGAGUACGGGUUUCCCUACACGUACCUGGGGGCGGGGACUCCCGGGUUCCCGAACCUCGGGUUCAUCCACGGGCCGCACGGGUCGGGGCGGUCGGGCACGGUGCCGCACAGCGUCGAGGUGCAGGUGACGUUCUACGCGAAGCUCCUGCGCAAGGUGGCGCGCGAAGGCAUCCGGACGAUCCAGCCGUCGAAAAGGGCCGCCGACGACUUCGUCCAGUACUCGGACGCCUUCUUCGCUACCACCGUGCUGUCCGAGAACUGCAGCUCCUGGUAUAACAGCGGGAGGCCCGGGAGCAGGAUACACGGGUUGUGGCCGGGAAGCGCGACCCAGGUGACCAUCAUCUACCGCGAGCCGCGGUGGGAGGACUGGGAGUACGAGUAUCUCUCUGAGAGCGGGAACAGGCUCGCUUGGUACUUCGGCGUCGGGUCGACUCUGAAGGAGCAGGAUCCUAACGUGGAUAUCGUGCCGUAUAUCAAGGAUCCGGCUACUGUCGACUUGAGGGAUUUGCAUGAGAGCUGGUGGGAUCUACCUUGAAGAAACGUAUAUGAUGUAUCUCUCUAGUUAGCAGAACUAGGUUAUAUAGUUUCGGUCGAUAUACACAGUGCAUGAUAGAGAUAGAACUAAUGGUUAGAACUAUGCAG